AUGUCUACGGGAGUAAGAGUCAGACCAAACAUCACGGUUCUGGAAAAUAAGGCAAUGGCCUUGGAUCAAGUGAAACCUCUUGGUCGUUUUACCAAGCGAACCCGGCAUCUUGUUGACGUUGAAAACGAGCUCUUCUGGUUGCCAGAUCCUGUCGUAGAUGAUGAUUCACCUAACCACUACAAGGCAUACGAUACUGUGAAGGGAACAGAGACAACGAAUGACAACCGCCCUUCCAAGCUGCAUAAAACGGUCGCCUCCAGACAAGUCCUGAAGACCAAGCCCUCUACCUACACCACAAUUUUUAAACAGCCGGUUAAUGUUACUAAAGUUGAAGGGGAGUCGGCUACGUUGGAAUGUGCAGCAUCCCCUGCCACUGGGUACACAUGGACUCUUAAUGGUAUAACUGUGCGGUAUGAAGGAUCACGCAUUCAAGGUGCUGGCAACUUGGUAAUUAAUGAAGUCAAAAAAAGCGAUGUCGGUAAAUACCAAUGCACAGCAGUGGGUGGAAGUCAAAACAAUCACAGCCAAUUUGCCUGGCUUAAAGUACAAGUGGCUCCAAAAAUCACAACCGAGUUUCCUGCUGAGAAAAUUGCAUACACUGGGAAUGGGUUCGCUAUCGACUGCGCUGCAUCCGGGGACCCCACAGCUGAAGUCAAAUGGUAUGCUAAUGGCACUGUGAAAACGUAUGGUGGUAAACUUGAAGUUGCAUCCGCUAAGAAAUACGGGGAUCUAGGAAUGUAUCAGUGUUUUGCAAUUAAUUCUGCUGGAGCGGAUCAACGCAUUGUGAGAGUGAUUGUUCGUGAUCCAGUAAUCCAUUCUGUCAAGAUAAGUCCCGUUAAUGUGUCAGUCGUGUUUGGUGAAGUUCCAGAAUUCAAAUGCGAUGUUUCUGGUGAUCCUUUACCUACAAUUGAAUGGAGACUAGACGGUGUUAUUCUGAAUGUCUCAGCAAACACAGACAUUGUUAUUACUUAUACACCUGAUGGUAAUAAAGCGUCUGGGACAUUGAAAUACAACAUCACUGACAAAAGCCUUGGCAAUGACCAUGUGAUAACAUGUCGAGCUAUGAACUUAAAGGGACAUAAGGACUCAAAUACAUCAUUUGUUAUUGAAGUGGGCGCCGAAACUAUACCUGUACCUGACAAGAAAAUAUUUUUAGCAAGUAAACUAUCAAGUUUGUCCUGUCCUGCAUAUGGAUAUAAAGGGUUGGUUCGCGUUUGGAGUAAAGAUGGAAACAAUGUGGAUUUGUCAGGUCGUCGAGUUAACAUGACAUCAAGUGGUAUGCUUGUGUUUGGGUCUGCGGAACUUGGUGAUGCGGGGCUGUACACGUGUACUGUUAGUAACAAGGUCGGAGACAAGGAGUACACCAGCAUGCUGAUUGUCAAUGUGACAGUAGUGGCUCUAGUACCAGACAAGCCUGCUCUUCAGUGUAAUGUCACAUUGACAACAAGUACAAAUGUAUCAAUAUUGACUUGGAUAGUCAACAGCAACGGUGGUGAAGACGUCUCAUAUUAUGCCGUAGUCUUGAGUGGAAAUCUGAAUUUCACAAAGAUAGCAUAUUCAGAGAAGCUAUCUGUGAUUGACAAUUCUGAGUUGACACCGGAGGGUGGAACGGUUACUGUACAUGUGCCAUGUCUAGCUGAAGGGACAACAUAUUAUGCAAAGGUUGAGGCAUCAAACAGUGUUGGUACUAGUGCUCCUGCAAUACAGUCUUGCUCUACACUUGGUGGUUCAUUAUUGCAACCACGAGCUGCCAAAGAAGUAUUUUUCUCUGAUGACGUCAUUACCCUGACAGUAAAGGCUGAAGUCAACUGUCAAAUUGACACCUACAUUGUUAAAGAUGUAGCAUCUACUGAUAAACUCCAGUCAUUCUAUUCGUUUGAGAGUGGUAUUUUAACUCUCACGAUAACAGGACUGAAGGCAGGAAGAUCUUAUACAGUUCAAGUGUAUGCAGUGAAUAAUCAGUCACAGGAACGUCCAUUAGGAAAACCAGUCACAUUUCAAAUAUCAAGCCAAAGCAAUGGUCAUUCAUCAAGUGUUGUAGCUACUUCGGUUGUAGCAGUUGUGAUGACGAUCAUUCUCAUGAUUUUUUAAUUGCUGGUGUGAUAGUAUGGUAGUAUGCUAGUAUGCUGGCAUGAUA